AUGGCCGCGUUGUCAACAACUUCGUUGAGUGCUUCGCUUCUCGAAGAAAAUGAUAUUCCUGGCGCUUCUCUAUGUGGCCGAAAACCAUCCGAACUGAAAAAUGACGAGUUAAAGUUUUGGUUAAAGUGUAGAGGUGAUCCAGCGAAAGGCCUUAAAACGAAAGCAGAACUUGUUAAGAGGUGAGAAAUCGCUUUUUUCAGCUUUGUUUCCAUGCGCGUCACUUUGAUCUUUUCAGUAGCAAAUAUUCGCCAUGCUAAAGCGUUUUUAUUCAUUUCUCAGAGUGGAAGAGUACAUCACGCGUGGAAAAGAUAAAAAUAUUGUUGACCCUGAUCCAAAUCAGCUCUAUACGAAGAGGAAACAACAACGAAGCGGUGCAUCGUCGGGUGCGAGCGACGAGCGCCCGUCACAAGGUAAUAACUGUCAGAUUGUUUUACCUGUAAUUUAGCUAAAUGUUUGCGUAUCGGUUUUUGAAAAUGAGUAUGUGUGAGUUCAAAAUAAAAUACUGUUUCUUUCUGUCUCACAGAUCCCAACUCUGUCAAAUAUCCUGAUAAUGGAUGGAGCACCUCUCUGGCCAAAAUGCCAAUGUUUACCAAAGCGGAAAUGAACGAGCACGUAGCAAGUUCAGGCAAGAGGAUCGCCAAUAUAGAUCAUCAUUCCGUUCCGACAUCGUUGCGGAAAGCGAAAACAUUCCUUGAAGAUGAAUAUCUUAAGGAAAUAAUGGCAUCCAGUGACCAGCACUGUUUUUAUUUCCAAGCUAAAUGUUGCCAUAGCUUUAGAAAAAAUGACCCUCCGCAUGAACUGAAACUUGCCUUGUGCAUUAUUAGUGGGAACGUUAUGGACAGCAGGUGUACUUGUGUGGCUGGCAAGGCUGGAUUUUGCAACCACAUUUCUGCCUUGAUGUUAAAGCUAUGUAAAUUCUCCCUGUUCGAGGCAAAAACAACAAAGGAUCUGUGCCAAGAGAAGGAUGAAAAUCCAGAACUAGCCUGCACAUCACAGCUGCAAAAGUGGCACAAGAAAGGUGGUGGAGAAAACAUAUUUCCUCAGCCAGUGAUGGAGGUAAUUGUUAGAAAAACCAAGCUCGAUGAGCCUAGCAGCCCACGAGGCAAUGGAUGUGUGAAAUGUUUGCUGUACGAAGCCCGGAAACAGCCACACUAUGAUCCUGUCAGUGAGAAUGCUUUCAAAGGUGCAAUUGCCCAAAUUGACCCUAAUAUGGGUUUUGCUCAGAUGAGUGAAGGAGCUGAUUCCAGUAAUGACAGUAAUCAAUUGACAAACUCCAAAUUUGGAAAAUGCCCUGUUGGCUCCAUGUUGAGUUAUCAGACAGCAUUCACAGAGUCAAACUUUACCGCUGAAGCUGAUCUAACUUCAGUACCAAGAAAUAACUUUGUUACCCAAGGACUUGAUCACUACCCAAGAUUUCCUUUGAGUAAUGAAGAUGACAUGGUGGUACCUCGUGUGCUGAGUGACACUGAGAAGGCAUUACUCAGGCAUUUAACUGUUGAGGAAGACAAAAUAAAUUCAAUUGAGAGUGACACUAGGGAUCAAGCAGGAUGUGAUGACUGGAAGAAACACCGCACUUAUCGCUUCACAGCAUCCAGUUUUCAGCUCAUUGCAAGGCGACAAAGGAAUCAUGAAAAUUUCGCACAAUCACAAAUGCACCCAAAGCCCUUCUCAUCAAAGUAUGUGGCCCAUGGUUUAAAGUAUGAACCCAUUGCACUCCAGCAAUAUGAAAAGUUCAUGUUUAACAGGAAAUCUCCAGUUGCUGUUCUAAGAAGUGGUCUUGUUAUUUCCAAAAGCUGUCCUGUUCUUGGUGCUACACCGGAUGCUAAAGUUGUAGACUUUGGAUGUUCUAUUUGCUUUGGGCUAGCCGAGGUAAAAUGCCCUCACACCAAGUUUAAUGUGACACCACUGGAAGCAUGUUCUGAUGCUAAUUUUUUCAUGGAAAAAAUCAGUGACACUCAAUGUAGACUUAAGAGGAAUCAUGCAUAUUAUGCCCAAGUUCAAGGACAAAUGGGUGUGACCGGGGCUAAAUGGUGUGAUUUUAUUGUGUACACCGGAAAGGGCCUCUACAUUGAGAGGAUACCAUUUGAUGCUACUUUUUGGCAGAAUCUUAGAACUGAACUUCUUCAAUAUUACUUUGAGCACUUUUUAAAGUUUGCAGCAGCAGAUUUUCACAGUUCAGCUGUAGGUCACUAG